CCCGACAGACGAGUGGUACUUGCCGGGGCCACAAGGAGCCGAGUCCCGGAAGCCCGUGUCCCAGUUCUGCUGCAGUCCGCGUGCGCAACCGCCGGGAAACGCAGAAGGUGGCGUUACUUCCGCCAAGCUGUGCAGGUUGUUUUACCAUGAGCCGUAUAUGUAUCUGCCAGGAUCGGCUGCCUAGGAGAAGCGUCCUUCUGCGAGACAUAGAGCAGUAACUCGUUUCCCGAAGCAGAGGCUCUAUCCCAGCGCCUGACCACUGCACGGGCACUCAGCUCCAGAGGCCGCCACCGCGGACACCUGCCGCUGCCGCGGGUUGUAAGGCACUUACCCAAGCACCCUGCAGGCAGCCACCUCUCCAUGAGUCCAGGAUGUCAAGAUAAUUCACUGCUAAAAAGGGAUGAACAAAACCAUGAACUUCAUACUUCUCCUCUGAAUAGGAAUUUCUCAGGAUAUAACCAAAAGAAACUUCAGGAGGAAAAUACUAAAUUAAAGCAUGAACUAGAAGAUUUAAGAAGUCCGUAUGAACAGCUUAUAGAAGAAGGGAAGAGUGAAUGUUUUGAUGACAGACGUGUCAGUCUUUUGAAGGCACAAGUAAUGCAGCUGGAGAGGCAGGUGGUCCUACUUACAGAAGGAUUAAGUUCUCAAGCAGUCCUUAUGCUGGAGUUAAAGAAUUUUUUAGAGUCUCUGACUGAGAAACUCUGGUCUUUACUUGACUUUGAAAACCAUUCCUCUGAAGUACUAGUUGCCUGAGCUAAACUUAUACAAAUGAUUGAAAUAUGUCAGGCCCUGAGAAACAGACUGCAAAGAAAUCAAGCAACUGCUAUGGAUAAUCUUGCAUUAUCGUGGAUGAUAUCAGGAAGAAACCUAGAAAAACAACCUAUGACCCUCAUAGACCUUUGCUAUGGGAAGACAGAAAAUUUAAACCUACGAUAUCUGAGUGCUCUUGAAGGAAAACUCAGCAAGUUGCUCAAACACCUGCUUGCCAUGAGGCAAACACUGAGCUUCAUACUUGCCCCAGGACAGGAGUCCUGUGAGAAAGCUCAUCAGAUACUACCAACUGUUGUUUAUGCUAGAUUGCUAAAUCAUGUGACUAGAUGUCAUCAAUCUCUGGAGGAAUGCUGUAGCGACUUGCUUGUUUUGACACUUAUUGUACCAUCUGCACCUUGGGUAAAACUGGAGCACUCCUUGAGCCAAGAAUUCACUGUGGAGAAUGUACUUGCAAUAUUGCCUGCAUUUCCCAAGGGGGCCCCUCAGCAACGGGCCAAAAGGGCUGCAGAAACCCUGGUGAAAGCUUGUAAUUAUUCCAGAUUAAUGGCAAUGCAACAGAUACAUGCUCUGCAAGCUGAACUCAAUUUCCAUAGAAGCAUGUACAACCUCCAAGUUAAGUACACUGAAGCUGUUUUUGAGGGGAUAAAGCAAGCCUACCACACUUUUCAAGAGAAUGUUGUGUCAGUUCUAUGUUCACCGCUACAAGAUGUUCUUUCUUCUUACAUAAACCUUAAAGCGGAAACUUCAGUGGUUGCUUUAAGGGACUUUCUCACUGCUUUUAAAAACAAUGCCAAACAGAUCCAAGAUACAGUUGACACUUACACUCCAUCAAAGAAUCAGCAGCACAAAGGUGAUGAGGCCCUGUCAAGGUUUGGAAAAGAAUUCUUCCUCUCUUUGGAGCAUUCACUCAAAGACUGUGGGGAACAACGGGAUAAAGCAGCCAGCGAAAUGGAAACCUUACAAACUGAACUGGUACUGGCCUUUGAAAACCUUCAGAGCUUAAGAAAGGAACGAAAAGAGAAGAAAGCAGAAUCCAUUCCUCAUUUUACAAAGUCUGAAGGAGGGGAGAGUGCAGGAGGAGGAGCUGCAAGUGGCUUGGAUAUGAUUUCAAAAGAUAACCCAGUGCCAGAUUCAACACCUCUGCUGCCUCCACACAGUGAGAGUCUUUUGCCCAAACAUGUGUCUGUGAUGGCAGAAGCAUCUAGCAACUCAUCAGCCAAGCUGCAGCAGCAGAGUUCUAAGGGGUUAGCCCUUCACCAGAAGGGGAAGAGCUCCCACAGGAGUAAGAGCAUGAAGACCCCACUGCAAGGCCACCUUGGCAAGAUUAACCAUCACUUUAUCUUUAAUAUCUUUUUCUUCAAAAAUGGUCUGAGCUAGUUUGUAAUAUUCUGUGUUAUGAUGAACUCAGGGGCAAGGGGCAGUCCUGCAAGGUGUUGGGAAAAGAAUUAAGUCAAGGGGGCUGAGGGCAUUCAACACCUUGUAAAUGGUGUUGGAAAUCUCAUAGGGGGCCCGAUCAAAGCUCAUUGAAGUCAAUGACAGAAUUCCCAUCCAUGGGCUUUGGAUCAGGUCCUUAGUAUUCAUGCUAGAAUGCAUGAAACCAGGAGGACAGAAAUAGAGGGCUGGUGUUAAACUAGAAUGAAUAGCUUUUGAAGAGGUAAUAUCCGCACUCAGCACAUGGACUGUACUAAUGUUAUGCUGGAUGUAUGUGCUGUUUCAUCACAGAUGUGUUUUUACACUUUAUGAAGAUUAUAGAAUGACUAAAAAAAUAAAUCACUGGCACCAGGCUUGGUUUUGUUUCAUUACCAAAAAUACAUAGUGGGCUUGACAGACCACAACCAUCUGACAAAUGUUUAUAAAUUUGUUUUUAUUUGACUUGGCAUCUGUGUUGAAAGGAAAUCCCUCUAGAUUCCCAUGCUCGUGUGAAUGAUAAAACUCUUGAAUGCCCCAAAUUACUACAUAUGCAAGGAGAAAAGGAUUGAGUUCACAAUGUUUACUGAUAACAAAUGGUUUUGGAGAGCCUUACUUUACUGAGAACAACAAUGUAAAUAAGUCAGAAUUGGGUGUGCAAUGUUUCCUGUUUUUAAAAUUUGAUAUUAUUAUAUUUUUAUUCUAAAUCACUUUUUUGUUAAUUCUAAAGAUUAUAAAGUUUUAUUUUCUGGUGAAUGAAAAAUUGAAGUUGUAGACAUAGUAUUUUUGUUGUACUAGUAAGAUCGGAAGGUCCAUUGGAGCAUUUAACUUUCCAAAGAGCCUUGAUGUUGGGAUGGGUGCAGACAGGAAUGCAAUAACUGAAAUAUAUUUGCUUGUGUCAUUUUUCUCUGUUCUACCAAAAGCAAGUGUUCUGCAAUGAUUACACCAACCACUUCAAGCAGGGGCGGCUCUAUGUUUUUUGCCGCCCCAAGCACGGCAAUCAGGCGGGCUUCGGCGGCAUCCCUGCAGGCGGUCCGCGGUCACGCGGAUUCGGCGGUGUUUCUGUGGGUGGUUUGCUGGUCCUGUGGCUUUGGCGUACUUGCCGCCGAAUUGCCACCGAAACUGCGGGACCAGCGGACCUCCCACAGGCACGUUGCCUGACUGCCACCCUCACAGCAGCCAACACGCUGCACUGGUGUCUGGAGCCUCCCCUGACUUCAAGAGAACUGCUGUGAAUUCAUAAGUGUGAUUAAUUUGCUGGCUGUAAUAGAGGUAACAGAGUAAACUUAGUCAAAAGA